UACUAAAGUCUGUCAGUGAUCAUUCAGCAGCUUCACUCUGGAAAACGUUUUAACCUGAGUCCAGUAAAGAGUCGGAGGAAGUGACGGCAGAGUCAGUGUUUCCUGAACGAAGCGGUGAGUCACUGCUGCUCCACGUUAACGAGCUGAAAACGCUUCAUUCCUGAAAAACCUUCAUUAGACGACAAACAUGAAGCGUCUGUUCCCAUCGUUUUAAACCGGAGCAGAGCUUCAGAGCUGCUGCACAAACAGGAAGCUUUCUGUGGUCUGAGUCUGGACGUGAAGAAGGUCACUGCUCUGCUGAGCCCGUUUCCUCCGUCCAAACACAGGAAGUGCUGCAAGUUCAGACCUGAUCACCUCGUGUCCUCUGUUACUGAAGCUGAGCUGAGUCUGAACCGAGUCGAUGUGUUUCCAGAGGAAUCAGAGGAAUCCUGCUGACACAUGGUCAGAGUUUCAACACCGAGCUGAGACACAGCGGGGGGGUGUUUAACAGAGGGGGGGGGUUAUGUCUCCUCUCCUCAGAUUAUUUUCGGCUGCGGUCGCUGCAGCGCCGCCCUGAGGCUGGAACGCUUCAUCACACUGAGAGUCAUUGUCUCCACCCCCCACCCCCCACCCAGCAGCUGAGUCCAGUAUCAGGAGACUGAUCCCAGGUUCUGUGGUUCCUGGUUUUUAAGUAAACUGAAUUUCUCUGGGUUCCUGACUCAGACGAGACGUAUGAAGACGUCAUCCACCGAUCGAUCGAUCAGUGGAGGUAAUAAACAGCAGAUAUUUGCGGUCUGACUCCAGACCUCCUCACUGUAGAUCCUGGUCCCUGCAGGUCUGUGGAGGGACCGGGUUUGAUUCUGUGUAUCUGCAGUUUACAGCAGCAACAUGUGACUCCAGGUUCAGUAAUCUGCUGUUUAAUGAGGAUUUCAGACCCAGAGCCAGAACCUGAGAGACGGUUAUGACCCUGAUGGUGCUCCCAGUGUGUCUGUUGUGUGUCUGUUGUUUUGAAUGACACGCUCGGCUGCUCUGAAGAACAGCAGCAGCAGCAGCAGUUGUUUCCUCAGUCGGUUGACGAUGGCGUCUGUGUCGUCGUGUCUGAUCCUGGUCUCUCUCUGUGGUUUGUGUUGGGAGCACAGAGCCGCCGCCCUGCCAGCCUCCACCGUCCAGGUGAGAGUCGGGGAGGACGCCACCCUGCACUGCCCCCUGCUGGACACUUCCACCACCACCAGCACCACCAGCACCAUGACUGUCAACACCACCACCUCCUCUGCUCCGUCCACCUCCUCCAACCUGAGCUGGUACAGGAAGGCAGCAGGACAGAGUCCUCAGCUGCUGCUCACCAUGAGGUCUGCAGGCGGCUCCAGGGUGAAGUACGGCUCCGGUGUUCGUCCUGAUAAAGUCUCGGCUGCAGCCGAUGGAUCUCUGCUGCUGCGACGCUCCGAGCAGAGCGACGCUGCAGUUUAUUACUGCGGCCUCAGCCAAGGACCGGAGCCCAGAGACAGGAAACAAAAACCACGGAGACUCACCAAGAAAUGAUGUGAACUCAGAGCUGACCGUCCAGACUCUCACUUCAGUUUAGCUUUAGUCAGACCAGGGUUGAUUCUCUGUGAUUUUAGAAUUCAUUUCAGACUGUAGGAAAGCCAUGAGGAGAGAACAUGAACAGCUGUUUGACAUCAGAUCAAUACAAUAAAAGUGUCUUUAAUCAGCUCAUGA